UCUAAUUUGACGUGUUUGAGCGUGACCAUCUUUUUGGUGAUAAAAUUACUAAAAAUGGUUCUCCUACAUGUAAAACGCGGUGACGAAAGCCAGUUUCUUUUUGAAACUAAUUCCAGCAUUCCGGUUGAAACCUUAACAAGUGAGCUGGUGGUCAUUUUCAACGGCCGCCUGAAAGUGAGCCGCGUUUGCACUGAAAUCGAAGAACUCUCGAAACACGGCACCAUGCUGCCUCCGGAUAUGCUCGGGCUCACCGAUGAACAGGUCGAGGAGCUAAAGCUGGUCGAUGAGUGGGGUGAAAAGUGCGUUCCUUCCGGUGGCUGUGUCAAUGCGGACCCCGUUGGACGUAGAAAUGGUCGGCAGCCGUUGAAGAAAAUGCAAGACGUCCUGGAGAAGGCGGUGGCUGAUGCCAAAUUGAUGAUCACGAAAAAGUUGGUAGAACAAGGCACCAUCUUGCAGCUGAAAAUGGUUCAGGACGCGUUGGAUCUACUACAAGGAGCCGUUAUGAUAGUUUAUCCAAUGCAACUUCCACCCCACGAUCCGAUUCGGAUGGAGUUUAGUAACACGGAAGAUUUAGAGGGCACGCAGGCAUCGCUUGAGGUUAUCGAGCCGUGCAAGGCUCAACUUUGGUUCGCUGGAAAACUUUUGCCCAACGAUGCAAAGCUUCGUGAUGUAGUUGGGGGUAACGAGAAGACAAAAAUUAUCGUAAAACUAGCCAAGGUUAACGAGGGUGCUCCCGGCAGAGAGCCGGUCGUUUCGGAAGAGGCCCGGAAGCAGAUGAUGAUGCAUGCCUACCGCAGACAGGAGGAACUUAAGAAACUUGAGCAAGACGAUGACAACCAGUAUCUCAACUCCUCCUGGUCCGAUAGCCGCAGUCUGAAGCGUCAGGUGCAUGGUUUGGACGAUGUUAAGUUUAGAUUUACUAAGUAAGGCUUUUCUUAUGAAUACCGGACGAUAGCAGACACAAGUUGAACUCAAACGAGAUAUUUUUCAGUGUCCAGUAUGCGCAAUAAAUCAUAAACCGAAAAAUAAACUUAAUAAAAG